CAAUUUUCUUUUUUUCUUCUGUAAAAUCUGUUUUGACACGCAUUUCCACGAUUCCUAAAAUCACGUUCCUUUCUCCACCUCACCACUUUGUUUUGCUUCUUGUCUUAGUGCCAACAAAUGAUUCAAUAAUUGGGUCAUUCAAUAUUCAAUAUUUUGGACUCUAUCCUCUCUAGAUUACCUCUUCAAUUUUUUCUACUGUUCUGAUUUUGAUGGUUGAUCCAGUUAACGAGCUCAAUUCUUCAUCUGGGUAUUCAUUUUUUGGACGCAGUCCCUCGAGCCAAGUCCAGGAUUACUGUCAAAUUCCGGGAUGUUGAUCGCCCGCAAGCUCACAUACCUCAAACAAGAAGCCAUACAUUAGGCUUAUAAAUCAACAGUGGCUUCAUCAAAUUUGAGUUUGAGGGUAAACUAAGAUAUGGAUGCUAGAAACCUAUGAUGGUGGCUCUGAUUUGGAAUUAGAGACAUUAGAGCAACCGAAAGCAAAGGCGCGAGACCAUGGCUCCUGGAGGUGUAAUCUGCAAGGAGAUGAUCGAGUCCCGCAUAGCAUUUACAGAUUAUGAUAUGGCAACUUCUACAUCCGAGUAUAGAGAUUCACCUUUCAGAAAACCUGCAAUUCGUUCAGGUGGAAAUCUUGGAACUCCCUCAACUAGUGAUGUGCAGAACAUGCUUGAAUGUCCUGUCUGCAUGAAUUUAAUGUACCCUCCAAUUUACCAGUGUCCAAAUGGUCAUACUCUAUGCUCAUGCUGCAAGGUUAGAGUACACAACUCUUGCCCUACUUGCCGGGGAGAGAUGGGAAAUAUCCGGUGCUUGGCUUUGGAGAAGGUUGCAGAAUCACUAGAACUGCCAUGUAAAUACCAGAUUAUGGGUUGUCCUGACAUAUUUCCAUACUACAGCAAACUAAAGCAUGAAAAAAAUUGCAAUUGUCGUCCGUACAACUGCCCAUAUGCUGGAGCUGAAUGUUCUGUUGCUGGUGAUAUUCCGCUACUUGUAAUGCAUCUAAAAAAUGACCACAAGGUUGACAUGCAUAACGGGUGCACCUUCAAUCACAGAUAUGUGAAAUCCAAUCCCGACGAAAUUGAUAAUGCUACAUGGAUGCUAACUGUUUUCAAUUGCUUUGGCCGACAGUUCUGUUUGCACUUCGAGGCUUUUCAGCUAGGAACAGCUCCUGUUUACAUGGCCUUCCUGAGAUUCAUGGGGAGUGAAGAUGAGGCAAGGCAAUUUAGUUACAGUUUAGAAGUGGGUGGGAAUGGAAGAAAGCUUUUAUGGCAAGGAAUUCCGAGAAGCAUCCGUGAUAGCCAUAAGAAAGUGCGGGAUAGCCAAGACGGAUUAGUAAUUCAGAGAAAUAUGGCACUUUUCUUCUCUGGCAGUGAUCAGAAGGGAUUAAAGCUUAAAGUGGCUGGCCGCAUCUGGAAAGAACAGUAAGAUACGUAGCCUGUAAUUAACUUCUUGAAUGAUAAUUUACUCAGAAAAUAAAUGAUGUUAAGAACUGCCUGUCCUCCGUAGGAUCCAUUGCUUGCAUUUAUAAGCUAUAUCACCAUUCCAGUUUUU